UCAAAGCAAACGGAUGCCUCUCGUCCAAAAAUUGGUUCUCUAAUGGAGCCAUAAAUAUCCAAACCCCCAAAAUCCCAUCCGGAAAUGGAAAUGGUUGCUAAAACCCUAAUCUCAUUCCCAAUUUUCGCGCCACCACUUCCAUCCCCCCACCCCCACCACCGUCGCCCCGACACCACCGCAGUGGGGUUUUCGAGGUGGAACAACGCUAACGCCGAGAAGUUCAACCGGCAAGAGCGCACUCAGAAGGAAAUCGAAGACGAAAUCCGCUUUCAGAAGCGCCACAACGCCGCCUUCAACAUUAUCAGUAAUUACAAUCCCGCCCCUCCUUCCCCCGUCUCCGAAGCCUUCAAAUCCAUCGGAACCCCAUCUGCCCCCUCCAAGUCUUCAAUUCCGGGUAAGAAAUCAAAGUACUCCAAACCCCCCAGGAAUCCCGAGCCCUCACACCCGGCUUUUCAGCCGGUUGUUCGGGUCAGAAAGAUCCCAAAAAGGGUCGAUAAAUCGAAUAUCUUUAGUGACAAUGAUGGGGAUAGGGAUAAACUCGAAGAUGAAUCCCAAGAACGUAGUACUAAUACUAAUAUCAGCGUCGAUGAAAAUGGUAUCACGUAUGAAUUCCCUGAAGCUCCAUUUGUGUACCAGUAUAGUUACACUGAGACUCCAAAGGUGAAACCUUUGAAGCUCAGGGAGCCAUUGGUAAUGCCAUUUGAGCCAGAGACUAUGGCAAGGCCAUGGACCGGGCGAAAGCCCCUUCCUCCGAGCAAGAAGAAGUUGCCGGAAUUUGAUUCGUUUAAGCUGCCACCGCCCCAUAAGAAGGGAGUGAAGCCGGUCCAAGCUCCGGGUCCUUUCUUGGCAGGGUCUGGACCAAAGUAUGUGAAGGCCAGAGAAGAUAUUUUGGGGGAGCCUUUGAGCAAGGAGGAAAUUGAGGAACUCGUUAGUAGCUGCAAUAAAACGAAACGACAACUGAAUAUGGGAAGAGAUGGCCUGACCCAUAACAUGUUAGAGAAUAUCCAUGCUCAUUGGAAGCGAAGGAGGGUGUGCAAGAUAAAAUGCAAGGGGGUUUGUACCGUAGACAUGGAUAAUGUGCGAGAAAAACUGGAGGAAAAGACGGGUGGCAAGAUCAUAUACAGUAAAGGUGGUGUGAUUUACCUUUUCCGUGGUCGAAACUACAACUACAGAACACGCCCGCGGUUCCCUCUUAUGUUGUGGCGUCCUGUUACUCCUGUAUACCCUAAGUUAGUACAACGAGUCCCUGAAGGUCUGACAUUAGAGGAGGUGACUGAAAUGCGUAAAAAGGCACGCAGUUUAAUGCCAAUUUGCAAGCUUGCAAAAAAUGGUGUAUAUUGUAGUCUUGCAAAGAAUGUUAGAGAAGCAUUUGAUGCUUGCGAACUGGUUCGAAUCAACUGCCAAGGAUUGAACCCAAGUGACUACCGGAAGAUAGGUGCGAAACUUAAGGAUCUUAUUCCAUGUGUUUUAAUCUCGUUUGAGCAAGAACACAUACUCAUGUGGAGGGGACGAGAGUGGAAAUCCUCUAUACCUGAAGUCAAAGACAAACCAAAUAGAGGAACAGAAAGUGUAGCUAAUAAUGCACCCAUUGCUGCAGUUUCAGAGGACCAAGAAUCUUCAUCACCAUCGUGUAUUCCCAGCUUAUCGGUUACAGACACAAGCUCCGACCAUCUGAGUGAAAGUACCUCUUUGAUGGGUAGUGAGGAUGCAAAAAUAGGUAGAAGCAAUGAUGGGAAAGCAGAAGAACUCGAGGACCACAAGUCUGAAUCAAACGUUAUAACAUCUGUGGAAUCAUGCACGGCUUCAACUUUGGAGCGUGUUAGUGAUUCACACGCACUGCAUACUGAAAGCAGUGAAAACGAGAGAAUACUCGACGACAGCUCACUUCUGCCCGAGGAGGAAGAGUUGGGAAUCAGUAGCGAUGACAAGCAGCAAUCAGAAGCUCUAUCUCCGGCCCCAUUGAACGAGGAGAAGCAGCAGGCUGAAUCAGAAACUCCUCAAAACGAUAGCAACAACCUCGUGAGCAUGAACAAACCUUGGACAGAGGGCGUUUUACUACUUCGGAACCAGGCUAUUGAAAGCGGGAGCGCACUUAUUUUAGAUGAUUCUUGUUUGGAUGCUGACAUUGUAUAUAAAAGGGCAGUUGAUCUAGCCAAUUCUGCACCUCCUGGGCCUGUGUUUAGAUAUCCACACAAAAAAUUGGCAGAUCAGCCUACCAACAAGCAAGAAACUGGUGAUUUAGAGGCCAAAGAAAGAGCAAAACCCAUUAUUGGACCAAAGAAAGAGAAAGAAAAGGGUAUAGUUUUGGUUCCGAGGGUAACUGAGAGGAAAGUUUUGAGAAAAGAUAGGACAGUGAAAGGUAGUAGAGAAGACAAUUUAAAUUCUGGGCUGAGAGUAGAUGAACUUGCUAAAUUACUAGGCUAGGCUCCCCAGACAACUUUCUGGAAUUUAGUAGAUAACUUUGUAUUUAUUUUUCUUUUCUGUUGUUUCAUUUUUGUAACAAAUAAUUCUUUAUAUUUCUUUCCAUUAUUUGUAACAAAAAUUCGACUUCAAGGCCA